AUGGCCGAUCCAACGAUACAGACCUUUUGCUGUCAUUCCAAUAAUGAAUCGGAUAUGUCGAACAUAAUAAUGAAAAAAUUUAAUACAGAUGCUUAUAAUAUUGUGUGUAUGCUGUCUUCUACAAUGGGAAUAAUCGGCGCUAUCUAUCAGGUGCUGCCUCGAGAAGAGUCAAGUUUUGGACAUCGAUGGCAAACUUUUUCCGGGGCCAGGGGUCGACAAAUUAUCAUAUGGCUUGCUGUAGCGGACCUUUUCGCUUCCUUAGGUGUUUUCAUCAGAUCAGCACUAUGGUUGAAUUUUAAAAGCAUCAUGCCCAUGGAAAAUGAUACUGCCAGCAUAGUUUUUUGCACUCUUUCUUCGGCAUGGAUACAAUACUUUUACAUGGCAACUUGGAUUUGGACAUUGUGCUAUGCAGUAGAUAUGAAACUUCUACUUGGAGAAAGACCAGGUCAUCCAAAAUGGUACCACGCGAUAGCCUGGAUAUGUCCAGCUGUUCUGACAAUUUUUGGACUAGUAAUUUUAUACGUUCCGGAUGCAAACUGCCACAGCUUAACGUCCCUAUCAACAGCUUUACUGCGAAUUCUUCCAAACUAUUGUGUCACGUAUGUGCUACUGGCAAUUGUUAUGCUUGUUAAUCCAGUAUUAUAUAUUUCAUCCUCAAAGGAUCUUAAAAAUGCUGUGACGUGCAGCUUAGCACAAAUGACGAGUCGAGAAAGAAAAUUGGUGCAAACUGUUAGACUCAAAUUUGCUUUAACUAAUCUUGUCUACUACUUCUGUUGGAUCCCAAAUCUCAUUAAUGGGGUUUUAUUGUGGAUUUUGUGGUUUCAGUUACCAGUCCGACUAAUCAUUGUUUUAUGGUAUAUCAUGGCAGUUACGAAUCCCCUGCAAGCAUUUUUCAAUGCCCUAGUGUAUCAACGAUGGGGUCGUCGAGAUAAGUUUCGCUUGGAUUGGUGUUAUAACCUAAAAAGAUUAGGAUUUAGCCAAAGUAGAAGAAGCAAUUCAAGUUCUGAGGUCAGCGAAAUUUCUCCUCUAAUAAACUCUAGAUUUGGGCACACUCCGCACACCAGUAUAAACGGUUCCUCCUCUCUAUAGAGACUGUGAUAGUUAUUUUGAACAUUCUAAGUUUAAAUACGAUAUUGAUUGUAAGUUCGAAUGUUCAAAUACGUAAUAAAGUGAACUCUCGUUUAUUCAAAGGGCCGUAAAACGUAAACAUUCAGAUAUUCCAAGUCUGCUCGGGCUUUUCGGGUCUUUUUUUAAUUGGUCAGCCACUGAUGCGAGCAAGAACAUACAUGGGCAAUGAUGGGGGAUGAAGGGACUUCGCCACUUGGAAUAUUUGAGAGGGAGAGACUUGGAAUGAGUGAGCCUUAGAAUGAGUGAGAAUUCACGUACCGCUCACAAUACGUUUUUAAUAAGCUGUAGGAUAGUAUUUUAAUCAAGUGCCGAAGGGACUUGAAAAGUAUCAUAGAUUAUGGACUAGCUUUUUAUUCCAAUAUUUAUUUUCUUAAUGCUUAAAUGAAUAUCUACUUUCAAUAUUUUUAUAAACAAUAUAUAGCUAUAGGUUUUAUUUCGAGAUCUGAAAAUAAUACAUAAUUGAGAAGAGAUUUCAUUUCGAUUCAGGAAAAUGAAAUAUUUGAAAAAAUUGUUGCCUCUGUAAAUGAGGACUACACUUUAAUGACUAAUUCAGCAAAAAUUGUACCUCUCCUCUCAUAUUUAUGUUAUUUAAAAUUGUAUGAUUAGUAUAUUGCGCUUCCUCUUCAUUGUACAUAGUAGUCCUCUCACAUUUUUUCUCGCAAAUACAAUUUAUAUGAUUUAUUUUAAUAACAGUUCUUUCAAAUUUAAAAACUAGUGAAACUUUCAAUGC